UGUUAUUUGUGCAACAAGAUGGCGGUGGCUUCUGAGAACAGAGUGCUUUCCUACAGUGUUUUUAAAUGGAGCUCUUACUCCUCUACAUACUUGCCAGAAAACAUCUUGGUGGAUAAGCCCAGUGACCAGUCUUCACGAUGGUCCUCUGAAAGCAACUACCCUCCACAGUACCUGACACUGAAGCUGGAGAGGCCGGCCAUCGUGCAGAGCAUCACCUUUGGGAAGUAUGAGAAGACUCACGUGUGCAACCUGAAGAAGUUCAAGGUGUUCGGCGGGAUGAGCGAGGAGAACAUGACCGAGCUUCUGUCCAGUGGCCUUAAGAAUGACUUCAACAAGGAGACGUUCACGCUCAAGCACAAGAUCGAGGAGCAGAUGUUUCCCUGCAGGUUCAUCAAAAUAGUGCCUCUUAUGUCAUGGGGACCAAGCUUCAACUUCAGCAUCUGGUACAUUGAGCUCCACGGCAUUGAGGACCCAGAUGUGGUGCAGCCCUGCCUUAACUGGUACAGCAAGUACAGGGAACAGGAGGCCAUCCGGCUGUGUCUGAAACAUUUCCGCCAGCACAACUACACGGAGGCGUUCGAGUCGUUGCAGAAGAAGACGCGCAUCGCGCUCGAACACCCCAUGCUCACGCAUCUGCACGAGCGGCUGGUGCAGCGCGGCGACUUCGACGCAUGCGAGGAGCUCAUCGACAAGGCCGUCAGAGAUGGUUUGUUCAACCAGUACAUCAGUCAGCAGGAGUAUAAGCCCCGCUGGAGUCAGAUCAUCCCCAAAUGCAACAAAGGUGAUGGAGAUGAUAACAGACCUGGCAUGAGGGGUGGCCAUCAGAUGGUUAUUGAUGUACAGACAGAGACGGUGUAUUUGUUUGGUGGCUGGGAUGGCACGCAGGACCUGGCAGAUUUCUGGGCGUACAGUGUUCAGGACAACCAGUGGGCAUGCCUCUCCAGAGACACAGAGAAAGAGGGUGGACCGAGCGCGCGCUCCUGCCACAAGAUGUGCAUCGACUCGCAGCGCCGGCAGAUCUACACGCUCGGCCGCUACCUGGACUCGUCCGUGCGCAACAGCAAGUCGCUCAAGAGCGACUUCUACUGCUACGACAUCGACAACAACGCCUGGACACUCCUCAGCGAGGACACGUCGGCCGACGGAGGACCCAAGCUGGUGUUUGACCACCAGAUGUGUAUGGACUCAGAGAAGCACAUGAUCUACACGUUCGGCGGCCGCAUCUUGACGUGUAACGGCAGCGUGGACGAUGGGCGCUCGUCCGAGCCGCAGUUCAGCGGCCUGUUUGCGUACCACUGCGCCACGGCAACCUGGAGCCUCCUGCGGGAGGACUCGUGCAACGCCGGGCCCGAGGACGUCCAGUCGCGCAUCGGACACUGCAUGCUCUUCCACACGAGGAAUCGUUGUCUGUACGUGUUCGGGGGCCAGCGGUCGAAGACGUAUCUGAAUGACUUCUUCAGCUACGAUGUCGACGCCGACCACGUGGAGAUCAUCUCCGACGGGACCAAGAAGGACUCAGGCAUGGUUCCCAUGACUGGCUUCACCCAGCGCGCCACCAUCGACCCCGAGCUGAAUGAGAUCCACGUGCUCUCUGGCCUCAGCAAGGACAAGGACAAGCGCGAGGAGAAUGUCCGCAACUCCUUCUGGAUCUACGACAUCGCCCGCAACAACUGGUCGUGUGUGUAUAAGAACGACCAGGCUGUGAAGGAGGCCCCCAGUAAGAGCCUACAGGAGGAGGAGCCGUGCCCACGCUUCGCCCAUCAGCUGGUCUACGACGAGCUGCACAAGGUGCAUUACCUGUUUGGGGGUAACCCAGGGAAGUCGUGCUCACCUAAGAUGCGCCUGGACGACUUCUGGUCGCUGAAGCUGUGCCGGCCUUCCAAGGAGUACCUGCUGCGUCACUGCAGAUACCUCAUCAGGAAGUACAGGUUUGAAGAGAAGGCACAGACUGAACCCUUGAGUGCUCUGAAGUACCUGCAGAAUGACCUCUCGCUCACUGUUGACCAUUCAGACCCCGACGAGACUAAAGAGUUCCAGCUGCUUCCUUCAGCCCUCUUCAAGUCCAGCUCAGAUUUCAUUCCACUGGGUUUCUCUGGUGUUGACCAGACCUACGCCCAGCGCACGCAGCUCUUCGACACGCUCGUCAACUUCUUCCCCGACAGCAUGGCCCCGCCCAAAGGCAACCUGGUCGACCUCAUCACGCUGUAGCCACGCCCACUCACGUGCUGACGGACAGCUGGCCCCCAUGUCAUCCGGCGAGGCCCCUGCGAGGCGACAGUUAGUUUGGUCUGGGGUGGACGAGCCUCACUGAGCGAGCGAGCGAGCGAGCGAGCGAGCGUGUGUGUGUGUGUGUGUGUGUGUGUGUGUAUGUGCGUGCAAGCGUUAAUCUGUUACUACAGUAUGUGAGCUACGUCUGUGAGUUGUGAGGGUGAAACCAUUUAGAGACGAGUGUGAGAGUGUUUGAGCCAGUAUGCCCAUGACAUCAUGAGCUUUCUGUUUGGGUGUGCGUGUGUGUGUGUGUGUGUCUCUGUCUGUUUGUCCGUCUGUCCGUCUGUCUGUCUGUCUGUCUUUUUGUUCACACAAGCCUGUGACACGGCUUAGAAUUUGAAAUGGGAAUGAUGCAACACGUAUGACAGUCAGCCCACAAGCGGAACUGUGUUGAUGCCGUCAAGUUCAGCUGAAGAAUUCACAUCGUUAACAGUCUGAAGAUUUUCCUUAUCAUGGGUUUCUAAUUCUUUAACUAUGAGCUGCACUGGAAGGACUGAGACUUCUAACUCUCGUUUGAUUUGUCACUUUUUGUUCCACACACAUUCACUGAGAUGCACACACAUACAUUCACAAACGUACAUGUAUGUGUGUACGGACACUCAUCACACAUACACUGCUGUUGGAAAGUGUAGAUCAUGUUGCUGUGUGUGUAUGACACUACAUCUGAGGUUUUGUGUCAAGCUGAGGGCUGGCCUACAUUUCCCAGAAUUCUUUGCUGGAAUUAAGUGAUGAUUCUUCUAAUGUAUGAAUUGGUACUGAAUUUGGGAUUUGAAUUUUGUAUGUUUCUUUUUUUCUUCUUCUUUUUUGUCCCUUCUACCAUUGGUAGUUGGUGGUUGCACAUGCACACACAACCUGGGGCUAACAUCUUUACCAAGAAGAACUGAUUUCCAGGCAAUGUUCUUAUGCACAUUUUGUGUGUGUGUGUGUCUGUGUACUAUAUGUGUGUGUGUGUGUGUGAGUGUGACUGUGUCUGUGUGUGUGUGAGAGAGACAGUGAUUGAGUCCGAAUGUUGAGGGCGUGGGGGUUGUAACACAGACACUAAACUUUUAAGAGUUAUUUGAGUGUGUGAAUUCAUGGGUGCUAACCAGGCCAACUUGACCAUAUGCACUUUCUCACAAGCUAAACAGAACAAAAGAAUCUCACAGUCUUCUAGCUAGUUGUCACUAGUGCGCUGAUGUUUUGGAGAGGUGUGUUUUUUCUUUUUUUUUUUUUUUUUUCAAGCAGGGUUUGGUGUGUAAGGGUGGAGUGCAAUUAACAGCUUUGAUUUGUAAGGGCUUUCUGUACAGAUCAUGAGCUGAAAGCUGUGUGUGUGUGUGUGUGUGUGUGUGUGUGUGUGUGUGUGUGUGUGUGUGUGUGUGUGUGUGUGUGUGUGUGUGUGUGUGUGUGUGUGUGUGUGUGUGUGUGUGUGUGUGUGUGUGUGUGUGUGUGUGUGUGUGUGUGUGUGUGUGUGUGUGUGUGUGUGUGUGUGUGUGUGUGUGUGUGUGUGUGUGUGUGUGUGUGUGUGUAGGGGGAGGAGGAGGAGAGAGGGAGAGUGCCCAUUAGAAAGUACAGUCUAUCAGCACUUCUCAUUAAUGAGAUAAAUAUGUUGUUCUGUUCCAGUUGUGUUUGUGUGUGUCUGUAAAGACAUUACAUUGGGGUCCCAGAGUAUGAUUCAGCAUGCUGGGGCCACCGUUCUUCCUCGGGACUGUGUGUGUGUGUGUGAGAGAGAGGUAGUGAGAACAAGAGACAGAAGGAUGACCCCUAUAAAGGUCAGCAUAUGGUCUCAAUAUUUCCUGGUUGUUUGUGUUUAUGUGAGAGGGCAACAGCUAGUGAUUGAUUGAGUGUGUGUGUUGUCCAUUGUCCAUGUUGCCUCUGUUAAACACUGACCCUGAUAUAAGGGUUGCUGAGGACUCUAGACCCUCAAUAGAGGGACAGUCCUUAUUUGACAUACAUCCCUUAUGUUGCCGUAUGGUGUGAGCUUUUCGGUCCAGACUGGUUGUAGGGGUGUGUCUUAUCUGUGUGUGCGUGUGUGUUUAUCUGUUCGGGAACUUUGUUCAUUUAUUUAUUGUUUUACCCCCUCUUCACUUUUGUCGGCUUCCCUUCUGUAUGAGAGUUCUCACAGUGCAGAAGUCGAGAGGAAGUGUGUGUGUGUGUGUGUGUGUGUGUGUGUGAGAAAGGCAGAGAGACAUGGCUGUGUUUGUUCUGGUGAGCUGGCUCAUUUUUCCCAUGAUGCUGUUGUCUUGAGUGUCCGUUUUAGUAGCAGUUCACGCUCAAGUCGGCCACUCUCUGAGCUGUGAUUGGCUCAAACACCCCAUGGUGUCAUAAUGCUCUCAGUAUUAUCUCUUAACAUGUGUCCAGUGUUUGUCCACGACUGCAUACUGUGUGUGUGUGUGUGAGUGUGUGUGAGAGAGAGAUUGUGUGUGUUUGUGAUACCAAGGUAUACUCAAUUAUCCCCCUGCUCUAAUUUAGUGAACAUGAAUCAUGGGUUAACUGACAUGUAAUUUUGGAAAUAAUGUGUUUGACUUUGACCGUAUUUAAAGAAAAAUAAGAAAGAAAAUGAUCGGAUUCAGGGCUUUUUCUGUGAUUGUUGCCAUAGUCACUAGAACUGGGUUUUAUUUUGUACCAUAUCACAAUUAAUCGAUAGGUAUUCAAAACCCAACUUAUAAUGUUAACAAUUUAAAAAAAAGAAAGCACCUUUUUUGUUGAACCAUAAUGCCAAAUAUAUUAACUUUUUGUUUGCUUCUUUCUCUGUGUGGAGGGCCUGAGUGAUUAUUUUUUUUAUUAUUAUUAUUAUUUUAUUAUUAUUAUCCUCCCCCUCCCCCCCCUUCUGUUUUGAUUCUCUUCAUCCCCCCCUCCCUUUCCUCCCCUCCUCCUUGGUGAAACGGGGUGGGUGAGGGGGGAUGGGAAGAGGGGGUUACUACACUGUGGCGCAGCUGAAUGUGUAGAAGCUCACUGUAGAAUUUGCAUUGUAUGUAAUGUACAUAACGUAAAAAUAAAGAUUGUAUUUUGUUCAGGUUUUUUCGUAAGAAA